AUGUCUGAUGGAACAACUGUCACAUACGUCUGGUUGUCUAACUACAAGCUCAACUUUACAUCGGCAAGGGACGACUGCAGAGCAAAGGGCGCUCACCUCUACACACCAAAGACUCAGGAAAAGCUGGAUUUGUUUAUCAGUAUAUCUCGUCCCUUAAACACAAACAUAUGGAUUGGGAUGAAUGAUAUCGCUACAGCUUAUGAGUUUAUAUGGGAUGAUGAUGGUAGCAUAUACACUGGUAUGCCGAACGUGUUUAUAAAAGGCGAUCCAAACAACCUCAAUAACAGACAGAGAUGUGUUUGCACCAUUCCUGGCCAAAUUCUUAUGGCAGACGUUGAAUGCUACAUAACCGCCCUGUUCGUGUGUGAAUUCAACGCCACACUCUACUUCUAA